AUUUCUCGAAAUUAUAGUGCCAUUUUUAUGUUGGCUAUUCUGUUUCUAGUUCUUUUCAACACUUCACGUUCCAACAGCACCUUCUUCAUCUUUUUACGUUUCUUUUUCUUGCUGAAAGGAAAUCGAAUCAAGAUGGCGAAGGUAAAGUGUUCCGAAUUAAGGACCAAAGACAAGAAGGAGUUGCUGAAGCAGCUCGAACAGCUCAAGACAGAAUUGACCACUUUAAGAGUGGCUAAAGUAACAGGAGGAGCUGCGUCAAAAUUAUCCAAAAUUCGUGUCGUAAGGAAGGCUAUUGCACGAGUGUAUAUUAUUAUGCACCAGAAGCAAAAGGGAAAUCUCCGCUUAUUUUAUAAAAACAAGAAAUACAAGCCUCUUGAUUUGAGGCCCAAGAAAACUAGGGCUCUGCGUCGUGUUCUUACUCCCUAUCAGGCAAGCAGAAAAACGCUGAAGGAUAUACGCAAACGCUCUGCAUUUCCACAGAGAAAAUACGCUUUGAAGGCAUAAAAUAUUUAGAUACAAGAGGAAAAUUGUAUCUGCAAAACUAUUCAAGGCACUGUAUAUUUAUAAAGCAAUUCUUUAGACAAAAAUCUUACACUUGCACUUUUACAAGAAAUUGAUACAGAAGUUUAAAAAAAGGCCUAAAAUCUUUUAUAUACAAGUAUUAU